CUCACCGAAGUUCUUUGGGUUGUAUGAAAGUGCGCAUGUAAAUUCGACGGGCAUUGGUGUUUUGCCGCUGCUAAAACAAUUUUCAUUCUGUUUUAAGGAUGAAGCAGGAAAUACCUGCCUGCUUAGCUGUGAAUGGAAGUUCCAUCAAUGGCGAAGAAGAAGAAGCCAAACUGUUAGAGGUGGUGGAAAAGAUACCUGCAUGCUUAUCUGUGAAUGGAAGUUCCAUCAAUGGCGAAGAAGAAGAAGCCAAAGUGUCAGAGGUGGUGGAAAAGGAACAGCAGCGUGGAAAAAGACAGCGGAGUGGAGCUCAGAAGCGCAAAUUGAGAAUGCAGCGGGCACUGGCAGCAGGAGAGAAGGUGAUUCCCAGAUCUGAACGAUCGCAGAGAGGGAGAGCUCCGGCUAAGGUAGCUCCAAACUCCAGGCCCGUGGGUGCGACGAAUGGCAAACUGGAGGUGUCUCCAGGAGAGGAAGCCGGUCAUUCGGAACCGGGGCAAAACCCGAGCGACGGCCCCGCGUCUCCGUGCGGGGACCCGACGACCUCCGUGAGGAUGGCCGUCGUCUGCAGAGGGUUCCCGUCGGUUAAGAUCACCGAGGAGCAGCACGAUGCGCUGCAGGAUGCCCUGCUCGACAGGAUCGAGCUGUCCGGUGGCACGCAGCCGUUGCAGUUCCUGUCUGCUCGGUGCUCCGACGGGGCCUCGUAUUUCAUUUGCGCCAACAAGUGGACGGCGGUGUGGCUGGAGGAGACGAUACCCGACAUCAGCCCGUGGGGAGGUGCCAGGCUGAAGGUCGGGCCUGCCAACGCCGUGAUGCGGCUGGCGAAGGUUCUCGUCUGGAUCCCGAAACCUGCGAGCAAGAAGGGUACCCCCGAGAUUCUGGCACUUCUGCAGAAGCAGAAUAUAGGCGUGCCAUCUGCAGAAUGGAAGGCCGUCAGCAGGAAAGAUGCGGACGACGGCACGUCACUGGUUCUCGUUAUCGACGAGAAGUCUUACCGGGCACUGAGAGGGUACAAAUUUAAACUGUAUCUCGGUAUGGGGCAAGUGUCCUUCAAGAUCCUCACGAGACCACCCGGAUUCAAUUGAAUUAGUCUCUCCCCACCCCUACCCCCACCCCCCUUCCCUGUGAGGGGGCAGUUCGGCGACCUCGCACACGCGAUUGGUGGCUGAGAAACGUUUCUCGGCACCCCUUUGAGGAACUGAGACUCGGGAUUGUGGUCCUCAGUCACGCAGAAAGUAAUAAACUGUGUAGAUGGGUGUCCAGCUGUAAAUCUACAUAUUUUCUGACACGUCGAGGCAUUGGACUGUUUGAUUUGCUUUGUGGAGUUAUACCAGCUUUGGUCACGCAGUCAUGGCUGGACUUUGGUUCCAACACCUAGUGCAUACACCUUCCGGCAGAGCUCAUUAUGUGCUUCAGGCUGGUCUAACCUGGAACUGUUGAUUAAGACUACGAUACAUUGCUCUGUGCUGUAGACAGUCAUUAUUUGAAUGUUACCAACUGUAAUUUGUUAAGAUUACUUCUCAAUUGUAACAUGUACCGUGUUGAGAGGAUAAAAUCCUCAUGUAUAAUUAGGGGAAAGAAAGUUUACCUCAGACUGCAUUUAAUGUUCUUCAUUUUAUUUUGCCAUCACCAAUUUCAAGGCUUUCAGCCUCAUCAUCAGAUGUAUUUAGUAUAAAUACAUACAUCAAAUUGAUAUGUUGUAUGUAUAUUAUACAACUGUCUUGUCAACAUAAUUUUUCCUACAAAAGCUUGCCCUAUCAAAUGGUGGAAAGCUAUAAUAUAUGUGUACACUGUCUAACCAUUUGACAGCUAUGAGCGAGACUUUGUAGCUGUGCUUAAAGUCCUUCAUUACUACACUCAUUGCAGUGUUCUGGGUGCUGAGUACUUCUGACUUGCUCAUCGUUUCUCAGCUUGCUUUGUUCUUCCAGUCUUCGAACAGGCACUGGGAGAGUUAAGUUAGAAGUUAUUUAUAAUUUUACUCGUAACAACACUGCAGCCGCACAGAUGCAGUGACGCAGAUUCGCCAGAAGUCACAGGAUGUACAUUGCAGUGUAAUCUGUUAAAUGUCCAGCAAACUAUGAAGUGAAGUGUGCUGUCACUCCACUGUUAACACUGAUGGCAAAAUUGCAUAAUGUACAUCACAUCACCAACACUAGAGUUCACUGCUCGCUACAAAGUUUGGUGCCAGCCUGUUGAAGGUGCUGACAUCAAAUUGACAGUGAAGUCUCCGGAAGGAAUUUUCACUUUGCAAUGGAGUAUUUGUUGAUUGGGAACUUGUGUGUGCCAGACUGGGUAUUAAAUGCAGAACUUUCUUGGGCAAAUACCCUACUUAAUUUUCCUAAGUUCAGAGCAGUUGUCCAGCACACCUUACUGGACUAGCACUUCUGAAAAAGUUUGCAAAAAUACCACCUGUCAGGUUCAGACCAAACGAUAAAGUGUGACAGAAGACAGGCAGUAGUGUAGCAAUCUACUGUACCUCAUAUUCCACCAUAGUCAAACAAUAAAAUGAGUGUAUACCUCAAAAGUUCUACAAGAAUGUCCUAGUUUGGAACAGGACCUGUAAGACUGACAUCCAUCAAGAUGGCAGUCACCUAAUUGGCACAGACAUUGCUUCUGGUCAGUCUUAAGGACAUCACGGUUUGUGCCUACCGGAGCGAUCCAUUUUUAUUGCUACAACCGCAUCGGUGUAUCACCUGACUCGGCACAGCACCUCAUCUCGUGUCGAGGGAUGUGCUCUUGGGGUGUGCAGUCGUCGGUUGCUCGGCCACGUGUAUCAGUAAUUGGAUUUCUCAGUGCACCUAAAGCUGCAUUUUUAUGUACCAUAUUUUGUGAUAGUGUUGGCCACAACAUUGUUGCUGGCAACAUCACUGCAUUGUGGCUACAAUACGAGGCAGUGUAGUCGUACGGCCUGGCGACACUGCUGACGGAGCAGGCUGCUGCAGGUAGUUACCGAGGUAUGCGUGAGGUGUUGCCAGUCGUGCCUGUCUGGGGUGGAGAAUAUUUCAUAUGGUCGGGCCAUACCUGCCUCUGUCAUUGUCUGUAAAUACCUCUAUCUCGCUUUCACUCUUUUUCGUGCAGACAGCACUGCAGUAUUGAGUCACAUAACAAUAUUAUUUCACUUUCGUGCAUUUACAUAGACGCACUCUGUCUGUUGUCUCCAGGAAUGUAGAAAUGAGAUAGCAGGAAAACCACGAAUUUCAUAAACGUGAUUCAUUUAUGACCACAGCUGUUGUGGAACAUAGAAAGUAAUAUAUAUAUAUAUAAAGAAUGCAGUCUCAGAAAUGACAUUAUCGUAUUUACUCGAAUCUAAGCCCCACUCUUUUUUCCGGUUUUCGUAAUCCAAAAACCCGCCUGCGGCUUAGAAUCGAGUGCAAAGCUAGCGGAAGUUAUGAAAAAUGUUCGUACGUGCCGCCACAACUAACUUCUGCCGGCGAAUACAUGUAGCGCUACACAGGCAUGCUUUGCAGGCACAAAGAUAAAUACUGGCGCCAAAACCUCUGCGUCAGUAAAUAAUUUUUUUUUAAAAAAGUGGAACAUGAGAUUUUUUUUCUCCACCGCGAGUUUCGACCACUGCAUUUUCAUACAUUAUCCAACGAAGUAAAUACAAAUUCCGUAUUGUUCAUCUUUGAAUGUAGCACAAUUUCAGUGUACUACGAAAAUCUGACUGGCAAGACUGUUUGGGAUGUUUGUCAAUAUGGCCAACUCUACGUUCUGAAUUUUUUCCUAUCUGUGAGAAGAGACGGUUGCUAAUAGGAACCUGAUGAAAUUUGAAUCACAUACAGUAUUCUCUUCACCAUAAGAAUAAUACGAAUAUAAACAUUUUGCCAUGUAUUCUUUCGUGUUUGCUGCUAUCUCAUUUAAAUCCUGUCUGCCUAAUAAACUACGAAACUAUAGAGUGAGACAACAGCAAACGUGGAAGAAUAUACAUAUCAUGUCAUGUUUAUAUUCGUAUUAUUCUUAUGUCUAAUAGUGAUACAGUCAGAAAUGAAGCACGGCAAGUGACUAGAUCUAAGAUGACUGUAAUUUCUGUGCAGAAUUUGAUGUAAUAAAGAACCGGCCGCAAAGAUUUUCAAACGGAGAAAAAUUUUCACAAACUCUCGUUCAGAACAUGUUCUAUCAUACACAGUCUAUUAUUUGAUUCUUGUUGAUCAUUAUCAAAGAAAGCAGCAGUGUAAGUAACAACAAAUAGCAGUCUCUUGUCAUUGUUUCGCUAAUGAGACGAUUCCCC